UGCGGCUGAUUAAACCAGUGGGCGAGAGGGCUCUGUGCUGCAGGCCAGGGCCCUUCGUAGGGUGCGCGUGUGGCCCGGGAGGGGCUCUCGGUCGCCCUCCACUCUGUCUUGUCCGCUGACCCCUUAGAUGUCCACAUGGCGCCAUCACUACAGUGCACCGCCUGGUAGUUGCUUGUUCACUUGCUUUUGUUCUUGAACUUGUUUUUGUAAGAAAUUAAGAAUGGAUGAGAGGGGAGAUUUCCUGCUCAGGUCUUCUAUGUGAAGGCGGAUACAUCUGGCCGGAGCCCCUUGACUAGAUGACCCCUUAAGUCUGAUUGUGGGCUGGCUGGCUGCUCCCCUGGAGCUGCUCGUCUCUCUCAGCCAAGGGAUCCAGGGAAGACGGCAAGAUCAUUACCAAAAGCCGUAUUUAAGGGGCUACUGUGCAUCCUACCUGUAGCACCUGCCUGGCCUGUGUUGGAAUCCUCAUUCUACGGUUGACCAUUUUCUGGAAGCUUGAUAAUACCUGUCUCAGAUGACUCAUGUGUUGUGCGUUAAUGAUGAACUAACCAACCUCACUGGAAGGCUUGCUCUGUCCCUUUUGCUAAUGUCCCAUGUUUUGAAAUAGACAAACUUGAUCGAAUGACCAUUUCCAAACUUCUCACCUGUGCUGUUAGUUACACUGAGCAGUUCUUUCUUCAUAGAACCAACUGAACUGCCCCAGUUACCUGCUCUUACCUGGCUGACACCCUCCUGGCCACCCACCUCCUAAACAUACACCUAUCACUGCCGAGGCUCUUCCUGCUAGCCAGCUGCCGCACCUGCGGGCUCCCGGGACGACUCUGCCCUUUCCUCUUGCCAGCACCCCUGUUCCUCCAGCCUCCCCUCUGUCACUGCGAAUGCCAAGGUCAGUUGAAAGUGUGCGUUUAGGUGUUUCCUGUUCCUUGACCUGUAAGCGAGGAGAGUGGACCUGUUCGUGUCUCUCCCCAGUGCUGAGACAUUUAACACCGAACAGACAAUCCUGGAGAAUCGCAGUGGGUCAGGCACCUUGGAUUUCAGGCUUGUACUGUUCCUGGAAAGAAAAAUAGUGAUGGACAGUUUGGGUGUACUUUUAUGUCUACUUGGCAAAAUGAGUAAGCUGCCACCUCUCGUUACCAUCCUGCUAUUUUCAACAAGUGCACAGGCAGCUAUUUCAGAAAGAGCCGGGCCUUCCCGAGGAUGAGUAAGCCAUCGCGCUGUGUGCUGUAUCUGCAGAGGACAGGGUGUUUUCGCCGAGAGGCACAGCGUGUGCAGAAGUGCUGUGGUCAGACGAGGCCCUCUAGGCCAGAAUGCCUUGAGAGAAGAUAACUUUCUCUGCUUUGAGAAUGUAAGAUGGAUCCAGAAGAGCAGGAGCUACUGAGUGACUACAGAUACAAGAGCUACUCGUCCGGGAUUGAAAAGGCUUUAAAAAAUUUCGAGUCCUCCAGUGAAUGGGCGGAUCUUAUAUCUUCCCUGGGCAAGCUGAACAAGGCACUCCAGAGCAACCUGAAGUACUCCUUGUUGCCAAGCCGGUUCAUCAUCAGCAAGCGGCUGGCCCAGUGCCUGCAUCCGGCACUGCCCAGUGGGGUGCACCUGAAGGCCCUCGAGACCUAUGAGAUCAUCUUCAAAAUUGUGGGCACCAAAUGGCUGGCCAAGGAUUUGUUCCUCUACAGCUGCGGGUUGUUCCCUCUCCUGGCGAAUGCAGCCAUGUCAGUGAGGCCCGCGCUGCUCAGCCUGUACGAGACGUACUUCCUCCCGCUGAAGAAGCUGCUGCUGCCCAGCCUGCAGGCCUUCAUCAUGGGGCUGCUGCCUGGCCUGGAGGAGGGCUCCGAGAUCUAUGACAAGACAGACAGGUUGCUCCUGAGGCUGUCCCAGGUGGUGGGCGAGGAGGUCUUCUAUGCGGCCCUCUGGGGGAGUGUGCUGGUGAGCCCGGCCGUGCGCCUCCCUGCCUCGCUCUUCGUGGUGAGCCACAUCCGCAGGGAUUUGCCCGGCAAGAAGCAGAAGUACAUGCUUGGGACAGACCCCCAGCUCACGGUCAAGUCCUUAUGUGCGUCGCUGUUGGACUCGAAUGUUCUGGUGCAAAGAAACAAUCUGGAAAUUGUCCUGUUCUUCUUCCCAUUUUACACCUGUCUGGAUGCAGAGGAGAGCGCCAUCCCCCUGCCGCGGCCCCACAUCGUGUGUCUUCUCGCAGCUGCCACCCAGACCCUACUGCGGAGGGACAUGUCUCUCAACAGGCGGCUUUACGCCUGGCUGCUAGGUUCCGACAUUAAGGGAAACACAAUUGUGCCGGAAUCCGAAAUCACAGAUUCUUAUGAAGACCAGUCCUUGUAUUUUUUUGAAAAAUAUUCCAAGGAUCUUCUAGUUGAGGGCUUGGCUGAGCUGCUGCACCAGGAGUUCCCGCAGACCGAUAGGGAUGAGCGCCUUCAUGCCUACCUGAGGCCCUUCCGCAUCCUCAUCAGCCUGCUUGACAAGCCGGAAAUAGGGCCUCAAGUGGUUGAGAUCUUGUUUCUUGAGGUCAUCCGGGCCUUCUAUUCCUACUGCAGCGACGCUCUCGGCUCUGACCUGAAACUGAGCUACACUCAGGGUGGAAAUUUGCUGAUAAGCACAAUAAAAGAGAACAGAAAUGCUUCAGAGAUUGUGAAAACGGUGAACUUGCUCAUCACUUCCCUGAGCACAGACUUUCUGUGGGAUUACCUGACGCGGUCUUUUGAGGACUGCUUUAGGCCAGAGAGGCAGAAUCACCUCAUUGGGAAGAGCAUCAGCCCGCCCCCGACCAUCCCCGAGCUCUGCACCCUCCUCGUGUUCCUCCUGGACGUGAUUCCCUUGGAGCUGUACUCUGAGGUGCAGACGCAGUACCUCCCACAGGUGCUGGGUGGCCUGGUGCAGCCACUGGCUGAGCACACGGAUGCACUGAACCUGCCCGAGCUCACACAGGCCCUGCGGACAUGCUUCAAGGUGCUGAGCAAAGUGCAGAUGCCACCCUCCUAUCUGGACGCGGAGGCCCCCAGCGGAAGCUCGAGUCCCGUGAGAGGUGAAAACAGCGGGACUGCCCCAGACACCAGGGCGGUGAUUCCCGGCGACGAAGACCCUCCCUUCCCACCCCUUAAAUCUGAAGACAGUGGGAUCGGGCUGAGCGCCUCAUCGCCGGAGCUGUCCGAGCACCUGCGGGUCCCCAGGGUGUCUCCUGACAGAGAUGACGUCUGGAAGAAGGCCGGGAGCAUGCAAAGAACCUUCCUCUGCAUCCAGGAGCUGGUCGCCAACUUCGCCCACAGGAACAUUUUUGGAGUCCAGCUCACGGCGUCAGGAGGAGAAAGCAAGCCCGAAGAGCCUGCUGGUCAGCAGGACACAGGCGGGUUGCCGGGCGUGGUGACGGGGGACCCCAGCAGGAAGAACUCGUGGGACGCGCGGCCCAUCAGCAUGCCCCAGCUGAAGCAGGUGCUCUCAGGCCUGUUCACAGCUCGGGGGUCUCCUUUUAAGCCCAAGGGCAUGGAUUCGCUGUCGCCUUCACCCAGCAGCCCUGGCAGGAAGCAGGAGGGCGAGUGGACCGUGGAGCAGGUGGUCAUUGACGUGGGGGGCUCGAGCGAGGGCUGCAGGGAGGCCUUUGCCGCCGCCUGCCACCUGCUGCUGGACUGCGCCACCUUCCCCGUCUACCUGUCAGAGGAGGAGACAGAGCAGCUCUGCGAAAUGCUCUUCCAGCCUCCAGGAGCCAGCGAUCCCAGCUUCCCAUCCUGGCUGAAGUCCCUGAUGACCAUCUGCUGCUGUGUGACCGACUGCUACCUCCAGAACGUGGCCAUCUCCACCCUGCUGGAGGUCAUCAACCACUCCCAGUCCCUUGCACUUGUCAUCGAAGACAAGAUGAAACGCUACAAAAUCUCUGGACACAACCCGUUCUUCGGCAAGCUGCAGAUGGUCACAGUUCCCCCCAUCGCCCCAGGGAUACUGAAAGUGAUUGCAGAGAAAACAGACUUCUAUCAGAGGGUAGCACGUGUGCUGUGGAAUCAGCUGAACAAGGAGACCCAGGAGCAUCACAUCACCUGUGUGGAGCUGUUCUACCGGCUGCACUGCCUGGCCCCCACGGCCAACGUCUGCGAGGACAUCAUCUGCCACGCCCUCCGCGACCCUGACAAGGGCACGAGACUGGAAGCUCUGUUCAGGUUUUCUGUCAUCUGGCACUUGACGAGGGAAAUCCAGGGCAGCCGAGUCAGCUCCCACAACCGCUCCUUCGACAGGUCCCUGUUUGUCGUGCUGGACAGCCUGACUUGCACGGACGGGGCCAUCGGUGCAGCCGCCCAGGGCUGGCUGGUGCGGGCCCUGUCCCUGGAUGACGUGGCGCGCAUCCUGGAGCCUGUGCUUCUGCUCCUGCUGCAGCCCAAGACCCAGAGGACCUCCAUCCAGUGCCUGAAGCAGGAGAACACAGCGGAAGACUUGCAUCGUUGGUUCACCAGGAAGAAAAUCUCUUUCAAAGAGGCGUGUGGUGCACCUGAGCUUCAGGAGGGCGGCUCGGAAGACAGCCUGCCCCUGAGCCAGCUCACUACCGUGGACCGGGAGGCCAUCUGGGCUGAGGUGGAGAAGGAGCCGGAGAGAGGCCCGCCGGGAAGCGAGCUGAGCGAGGAGGACCUUCCCGACCCCAUGGGCCCACCCGAGCGGCCAGCCAGCGGUACCGCGGGCAGCAGUGAGCACAGUGAGUCUGCAGAUACCAGCUCCGUGCACACGGACAGCGAGAGCACCUCCUCCUUCUCCUCCCCCUUGCACGACCUGCAGGAGCUGAGCCAGGAGGAGCAGUGCUGCGGACCCCUCCCCGUGGGGGGCCGCCUUCACCCCAAGCGCCCAGCCCUGCUGGCUGCCUGCCAGGCAGACAGCUUCCAGCCCCAUGCCAGGUUAAGCCUGACACGUGUGGACUCAGACAAGACACAGGCCUCAGAGUCACUGUCCAGCGAUGAGGAGGCCGACCUGGAGCUGCAGGCUCUAUGCGUGUCCCAGCAGCUGAAGCAGCAGCAGGAGCAGCGGGAGACGGUGGAGGCCUUGUUCAAGCACAUCCUGCUCUAUCUGCAGCCCUACGACUCCGGGCGGGUGCUGUACGCCUUCUCAGUGCUGGAGGCCGUGCUCAAGACCAACCCCAGGGAGUUUAUCGAGGCCGUAUCGCGGACCAGCAUGGACACCAGCUCCACCGCACACCUCAACCUCAUUUCCAACCUCCUGGCCCGCCACCAGGAAGCCCUGGUGGGGCAGAGCUUCUAUGGGAAGCUGCAGACCCAGUCCCCCAAUGUGUGCCCCCACUCCCUGCUCAUCGAGCUGCUCACCUACCUGUGCCUGAGCUUCCUGCGCAGCUACUACCCCUGCUACCUGAAGGUCUCCCAUCGAGACGUGCUCGGCAACCGGGACGUCCAGGUCAAGAGUGUGGAAGUUUUGGUCAGGAUCAUGACACAGCUGGUCUCGGUGGCCAAGUCUGCCGAAGGGAGGACGGUGGAGUCCAUCCGCAGCCUGCUGCAGCGGUGUAGAGUGCAGGAGUUCGUGCUGCUGUCGUUGUCGGCGUCCAUGUACAUCAGCCAGAAGCGCUACGGGCUAGCCACGGCAGAGCGAGGCCGGGCCCCACGGGAGGACAGCCUCUUUGAAGAGAGUCUCAUCAACUUGGGCCAGGAUCAGAUCUGGAGCGAGCACCCCCUGCAGAUCGAGCUGCUCAAGCUCCUGCAGGUGCUGAUCGUCCUGGAGCACCACUUGGGGCGGGCCCAGGAGGAGACCGAGAAUCAGCCCGAGCUGGCCCGGGAGUGGCGGAAGGCCCUGAACUUCCAGCAGGCCAUCAGCGCCAUGCAGUACGUGCAACCGCACCCCCUCACCUCACAGGGGCUACUGGUGUCGGCCGUGGUGCGAGGGCUGCAGCCGGCCUACGGCUAUGGCAUGCACCCGUCCUGGGUGAGCCUGGUCACGCAGUCCUUGCCCUACUUCGGAAAGUCGCUGGGCUGGACGGUGACCCCCUUCAUUGUCCAGAUUUGCAAAAACUUGGAUGAGCUGGUCAAGCAGUAUGAAAGCGAGUCUGCAAAGCUCUCUGCCAGUGUAACCUCCAAGAGAGAAAACAUCUCUCCAGAUUACCCACUCACUCUUCUGGAAGGCCUGACAAGCAUCAGUCAUUUUUGCCUUUUGGAACAACCCAACCAAAGCAGAAAGACCUCGGCCAUGAGUGAUCCUGCCAGUCUGAAAAACGCCAAGAACGCCAUCCUAGAAGAGCUGCCGCGGAUGGUGAGCACCAUGGCCCUGCUCUGGAGCGUGCUCACCAGGGAGGAGGCCCACAAGAGGCCCGCCGACCUCCUCGGGGCCACAAAAGGCUCCUCUUCGGUCUACUUCAAAACCACCAAAACCAUACGACAAAAAAUUUUGGAUUUCUUGAACCCCUUGACAGCCCCUCUUGGGGUUCCUUUAAUAGCUGCGGUGGCAGCCGUGUGGAGCAGAAAGAAAGCCAAACGCCACAGCAAAAUGAAGAUCGUGCCUGAGGCCAGCGCGUCCCAGCUCACCCUUGUCGACCUGAUUGGUGCCCUCAGCACCCUGCAGACAGACUCGGUGCUGCAGCUGGUAAAGGAGGUGGUGAAGCGGCCGCCACAGAUCCGAGGGGACGAGAAAUCACCCCUGGCAGACAUUCCUGUGCUGCAGUUUUGCUACGCUUUCGUCCAGAGGCUCCCAGUGACCACCCUGCAGGCGGACUCCGCCUCUCUGCUGAGCGUGUUGAAGGAGUCAGUGCAGCUGAACCUGGCUCCCCCUGGCCACUUCCUGCUCCUCAGCAUGCUGAAUGACUUUGUAACAAGAACUCCCAACCUGGAAAGCAAGAAGGAUCAGAAAGACCUGCAGGAUGUCACUCAGAAGAUCCUGGAAGCUUUGGGAAAUAUCGCCGGCUCUUCCUUGGAACAAACCAGCUGGCUAAGCAGAAACCUGGAAGUGAAGGCCCAGCCUCAGCUCCCUCUAGAAGGAUCUGAUGCUGAGGAAGACUUGCAUGAUGCCGCCGCCACGUCAGCCAUGGUGUCUGCGUCUACGCCUUCGGUGUACAGCACGCAGGCCCUCGCCCUCCUGGCGGAGAUCCUGGCCUCGCUCCUGGACAUGGUCUACCGAAGUGACGAGAAGGAAAAAGCAGUGCCUUUGAUCUCCCGCUUGCUUUAUUACGUGUUUCCUUACUUACGCAACCACAGGGCCUGCAAUAUUCCCAGCUUCCGGGCUGGCUCUCAGCUGCUGAGCGCCCUGAGCGGCUACGCCUACACCAAACGAGCCUGGAAGAAGGAAGUCCUGGAGUUGUUCUUGGACCCCGGCUUCUUCCGCAUGGACACGGCCUGCGCACAUUGGAAGGCCAUCAUUGACCAUCUCUUGACCCAUGAGAGAACGACAUUUAAAGACUUAAUGAAUAUGCCCAGCAGCUCUUUGAAGCUGUUCUCAGGUCUUUCACAAAAAGCCAUGCUGCUCAAGCGCCAGGCUUUUGCCGUCUUCAGUGGCGAACUGGACCAGUACCACCUCUACCUGCCCCUGAUACAAGAACGCCUGACAGACAAUCUCAGAGUGGGACAGACAUCCAUAGGUGCUGCCCAGAUGUUUCUUUUUUUCAGAGUUUUGCUGCUAAGAAUAUCUCCUCAACAUCUGACUUCCCUGUGGCCAAUAAUGGUCUCUGAAUUAAUUCAGACAUUCAAACGGCUGGAAAAGGAGCUGAAGGACUAUCUUGACCCACUGGUAAACAGCAAUAAAAUCAGCAGGACCAAAGCUACAGUCUCUGAUGUGGGGGAGAUAGCCCCCAAUUUGUACUUGGCAGCUUGCAAGUUCUUGGAUACAGCACUUUCCUUUCCACCUGACAAGAUGCCCUUGUUUCAGAUUUACAGGUGGGCAUUUGUUCCAGAAGUAGAUGCAGAGGACCCCGUCUUUUCAUUGGAUCUAGAGGAGAAUCACCAGGAAUGCGUACCCUACACUGUUAGGAUCCUAGAACUUCUCAAAUUAAAAUAUGGGGAAACGAAUGACUCAGAUGAGCUCACCAUGAAGAGCGAAUUUCCUCUCCUUCGCCAGCAUUCUGUUUCCAGCCUGGAGGAACUGAUGCCCUUCUUCAGGACUCUCAACUGCGCAUUUAAGACCCAGAGUAAACGGCCUGCAGAUUCCCCAGGACCGCCCCCCUCAGAGCUUCCUGUCACGGACAGCCCGAGGGUCUUGAAACUCCUGGAAGAGUGUGUUGAAUACGAUUUUUUGGAACAGCUGGAAAAUUAGCCUUCUUAGCAGAGUUUGUUUAAUCCAUUCAUUGAGACGUCAGUGAAAACCGGGAUAUAUAGGUGACCCCUGAGCGACAUGGGCUGACCCAGGAGCGUCCAGGGCGCUGCGGUCAGAGUCCGCCCACCACGGGCACUGGCAGGUGACUCUGGAUGCGGAGUUUCCUAGGUGGAGGGAAGACUGUGAGUUGUACUUGGAAUUUGACUGCUGGAGCCUGGGGCGGGGUUGGGCCCUGACCCCACAUGGUGCAAGGAUCCGUUGUUCCAUUUCCAAGCAAGAACGGAGCCAGAGCGUGAUUUCAAGAAGUCUUUUUCAGUUUUGAAAGUAAAAUUCAAAUAUUUUCUGCUUGGCUGCAAAACACAUCGCCCUCAAUGCCUUGUAAUAUAUUUGGAUCGGAUUCUAUAUUUCUUGUUCAGUUUAUGUAAAGAAAAUAAAAUUAAUAUAUCACCUGGCGGUAGCACAGACUUUGUAACGAAGUAACGUAGGAAGAGAAGGAAGAGCUGCUCUCUCUGUCCUGCCGCUGCACGGCUGCCCCACUGCACUUCUCUCCAUUUAAACAUCGUGAACAUUGUUUUUAAGCUUUCACACAUGUCCUUUAA